AUGCUGCCCAUCAGCUGUGCGCUAAUCCUGGCCUUUGUGCUGUCGUCCUCCAUGGAAUCCUUUCAGAUCAGCUUCUUUCCGGAGUCUGGAGUGGUGAUCAUUAUUGGGCUGCUGCUGGGCCUCCUGUUCAAGGUCUCCCUGGGAGAGACGGGCUUCGCAUCGGGUGACCUCAUUCCCAGCCUGGGCCCGGCAGCGGUGAAGUCGGCCUUUCUGCCCAUCAUCAUCUUCGAAUCUGGAUGGACUUUGCGAUGGAAGGACUUUGCCUCUCAGGUGGGUUACAUCCUGAUCUUUGCCGUGCUGGGCACCAUGAUUUCCAUGGCCAUCGUGGCGCUUUUGAUCGUCAACACCAGUCACUUCCAUGGGAUCUCAGACCUGCGCACGGCCUUUGCCUAUGGUUCGCUGAUCGCCGCUACAGAUCCCGUGGCUACUUUGGCCACCUACGCCUCUUUGAAGGUGGACCCAGUGCUAAACGUCAUGGUCUUUGGAGAGUCCAUGAUCAACGACGCCGUGGCCAUUGUGGUCUUUGAGAUCUUGAAUAGCGUGGAGGUCUUUGGAGAUCCUUGUGAUCAGCAGACGACCCAAAAUGUUCCGGUGGCGAUUCUGACUGGCAUCGCGAAGAAGCUGGUGGCUUCGGUGGUGCUCGGCUUCUUCUCGGCCGUGCUGGUGACGCUGCUGCUGCGCUUUGCUUCGCUGAAACAUUCGCAGCUCAUGGAGAUUCUCUACAUCAUGGCCUGUGCCUACAUGAUGUAUGGCCUGGCCGAGACAUUUCACGCCUCUGGUAUCAUCGCGACCCUGUUUGGAUCGAUGGUCAUGGGCAUCUAUACCAAACCGCAUUUGUCGAACCACGGCCUUCUAUUGGCCACCUUCUUCGUGAAGGGUAUGGCCACCUUAGCAGACACCUUCACCUUUCUGAUCGUGGGCAUUGGGGCCAUCGCGGCCAGUGUGGAGCCAAGAGCCUUUCACUUCAGCCUCUGGAUCAUGAUUUUCUGCCUCGCAGGUCGUGCCGCCUGCAUUGUGGUGUGUGGUGCCAUGACGAAUGGCAUCAAGAUUUGCGUUGGAAAGAGCCGCAAGACGGAGGCGAGUGAAUGGCUGCUGUUGUCAUGGAAGCAUCUCCUCAUGAUGUGGCACGCGGGGCUGCGGGGUGCCAUCGCGUUGGUGCUGUGCUGGGAGCUGGGCGAUUGGGUGGACGAGAUUGAAGGAGUUGGAACCAAAGAGAUGUUGGUCACCAGUACUCUGGUGGUGAUCUGCGCUUUCCUGAUCAUCUUCGGAGGGACGACCCAGUUGAUGUUGUCAUGUCUUUCCAUUCGCACAGGAGAGGACGUGCCAGAUGACUACUUGUCUCGUCACAUGCCAAAAUGCUCAAAGGCCUGUGCGGGAAGCGUGGAUAAGAAGUGCCUUUGGCCAUGCCUGGUGGGCAACAAGGAGGCAUCACUGACAGAGGUCACCCGCCACGCCAUCCACGAGCUGCUGCACGAAGUGGGGCUGGACCACCGGUCGCAGGCCAUGGGCUCCAUGGGGUCCAUGGGGCGCCCUGCCAAUGGUUCCCGCCACGUGCGUUGGUCAAUGCAAUCGUUCCGUGAUCCUCCAAAGUCGAGGUGCCAUCUAUCCAUCAGUGGCAUCGUGUAUCACACCAAGCGCGCCUGCGACAACUGCGACCGGCCCAUCGAGGACAUCAUGUGGUUCGCUUGCGCAGAGGGCUGCGAGGUAGACUUCUGCGCUCGUUGCCACACCAUGCUGCAGCAGCUCUUUGAGGGACGUGACCUGGACCGCUGCUUCUGGGCCGAAUCUUUCACCCUGAACUGCGCCAAGGGCGCCAUGCGAGCGCCGGCGGAACAACGACAGGCCUUCAUCGAAAUUUUGGCCUUCGAUUGGCCCUUGCAGAUGUUUCAGGACCUGGUUCGUGCCGUGGCCGAUGUGGCGGACGCCAAGGUGGUGCAUCUGCAGGAUGGUGCAGAUAUGGACGUCGCAGAAGAUGCCGAUUUCUGGCAUUUGGUGGGAUUUCUGCAACUCCUCCGCUGUGCCAACCAAAGGCCUGCCAAGGAGACGCGCUUUGGCGAGCUCACGCCCCGGGGGCCCCGGGUGCCGGAGACGGAGUUCGUGCUCGGGGGCAUCGACAAGUGUGACGCGCAGGCGGAGUGGGAGCGAUGGAAGAAAUACAAGGAUCGGCAGAUCAAGCCUGAGCGCAUCGUCGUAGAAGAAGAAUUCCAGGUGGAUGGCGCCUUCGCGUUGUUCCUAGUGCAUGGUGAUCUGGUACCUUUAUCCUUCCGUCAGCGUUGCCUGGACUCAGACCUGGAAGAUUUGCAGAUGAAAGUGAAACGCCCUCUGUUGACGUGUCAGGUGCCCCGCAGCCCCGCGCGCACCCUGCGGCUGAGCGCCCUGCGAGCGUUGGUGAAAGUGACCGCCGCUCGACGCUUGGCGGCGCACUUCCUGCGGGAGAGGGGUCGAGGUUUGGGCGUGGCGCGGGAGUUCUUAGCACUGACCAUGGAGGCCUUCAUGACGGCCAAAAACGGGCAACACUUGGAGGAGGGUCAGGAGCUGUGGGACUAUGACAAGGAAUCCAGGACCUUUUGGUUCGCCGAGGACCUGAAAGCCUCGGCGCAGGCUCUUCAGCUCUUCCGGGCUGUCGGGGUGCUGAUGGCACAGGCACUGCUCACAGGAACCCGAUUACAGGUCUCUUUCCCAACCUUGCUGUAUAGCCUGCUUCUGCGACACCUGGGCGCCGUGUCCGUGGCACCUCCCGGCUUGGCGGAUCUGGCAGCCUUGAGGCCAUGCUUGGCCAAAGGUCUUCAGGAACUGCUGGCAUACGAGAAGGACGAUGUGGCCGAGGUCUUCCCGCUGGACUGGCCGCGGGGCGAGGAGCUGUGCUCGGGAAAUCGGGCGGAGCACGUGGCUCGACACAACGCACGCGGAGUGGGGGAGAUUUUUCCAGCAAAACUGGGGGGUUUGAAUAGCAAAAUUGGGAUUUUACUAGCAAAACUCGCGAACAUGGAGAUUUGA